UUUGAGUUAAAUUGUCACAGAAGAAGGUUCACAAUAUGUUGUCCGUCAGUUUCGUGUUGUUUGGCUUCGUGCUGGUUCUUACAGGGCAUUUUGGUGCCAGUAACGUUCUUCGUGAAACCGUGUCCGAUGAAAGAGUGAAGAGAGCUGUUAAUACUCCAGUAAGUUUCUGUUGAUUGUAUAUAUCCAAUACGCUUCAGGGUACACAAGCAUUGUAAUGCAACUAAAUACUUACAUAAAAUUUGGAAUAACACAAAUUUGUGGGGAACUACUGUAUUAAUACCGCAUAAUUAAAUGACUAGUUAUGAUAUGUUAUCCAGAAACUAUAACUGUGGAUAGAUAGGGAUUCGAGUACCUGAAAAAAAACCAAUAAAACUUCAAGGCCUUUCAUGGUUCCUAACUUCCCGACAAAGGGCCUUCGCUCGAAAUGCCCUGAUGCAGGUUCUACCUCCGCAGUUUUUUUGUUUUCCUAUACUACCGGCAAGGCCGGACCGUUCGAGUUUAUAUUGCAAAACUAUUUCUCAUUGAAUAUACCUUAUAUAGUAGACGCGUGGAAUAAUAUAUUACCAGGAUUUCACUUUUCAGUCAGAAGUUUGCAUAUACAAAGUCCUUGACUGAUGUUUUAUCAAAAUUAGAUUUUGAUUACUUAUUAAAAAAUUAAAUUGUGAUUACCGUAUUUAAUUACCCCGAUACUACGAUGGCCGGGAAGGGCCAUGACUGUAAACACUCGCCUUUUUUUUUUACCAGUACACUUUUUUACCAUUACACUUUUUUUUUUACCAGUACACUUUUUUACCAUUACGUUUUUUCCCCUCAAAAUUACACUCGCCGCUUUUUUCUUCAGAAUUACACGCGACGUUUUUUCAAUGCAAUAAUUACACGCGGCGUUUUUUCAAUGCAAUAUUCAAUAAUUACACGCGACGUCUUUUCCAAAAAUUACACUCGCCGUUUCUUUAGAGUUACGUUUUAAACUGAGGGUUUCAUUUCGGAUGAAGAUGGGAGCUAUCAUAAGGUUAGUGUGUUUCAUCAAAACAAAAAAUCAUGUAAAUACAGUACAAAAUUACACUUUUCAGUCGGUUAUGAAUAUAAUGCAUUGUUUUCUUUUGUGUUUUCCAAACUAUAUAAACAAAUUAAGCUUUGUGUGUUUUGCCAGGGUCAUAUAGUUAUUUUCGUUGUUGCACUUCAUCAUAUAUAAAACGUAUGUGUCUUGCCAUAUCGUAUAUGCGCCUGCAGUGAUACAACAAAAUCAUGAUCAACAAGAAAUGGCGGUUGUACAUGUGUUACGGCAAUAUGUGAUGAAGAGGUUAUUUCGCUGGCCUCAGAGUGACAAAACGUAACAUAGCAACGGUUUUACUAACACUAAUCCUAUUCCAAACACCAACCAGUGCCGUACACAGCGGGGGGUGUGGAGGGGGGUGUCAGGGGCAACUGUCCCCCAGAGAAAACUAUAUGUACGAUUUUUAGAAUGUCAUAUUAAUUAUUUUUUGGAUAUUUGGGACUUUUUCGGCAUAUAGGACUACUGCCCCCUAGUGAAAAAAUCCUGGGUACGGCCCUGACACCAACUCUAACACUAAUCUUGUCCCUAACCUAACCUAACCGAAAAAGGUUUGACGAAAUGUCAUUCUGAGGUCAGCCAAAUAACUUCUUCCAUGUGGCACUGGGAUAUAUAGCAACGCUGAAAUACACAAAGAAUGUUUUGUUUGGAAAACACAAAAGAAAACAAUGCAUUAUAUUCAUAACCGACUGAAAAGUGAAAUUUUGUACUGUAUUUACAUGAAACACUCUAACCUUAUGAUUGCUCCCAUCUUCAUCCGAAGUGAAACCCUCAGUUUAACUAAGUAACUCUAAAAAAACGGCGAGUGUAAUUUUUGGAAAAAAACGUCGCGUGCAAAUAAAUUAUUGCAUUGAAAAAACGUCGCGUGUAAUUAUUGCAUUGAAAAAACGUCGCGUGUAAUUCUGAAGAAAAAAACGGCGAGUGUAAUUUUAAAGGAAAAAAACAAUGAGUGUAAUGGUAAAAAAAGCGAAUGUUUACAGUCAUGGCCCUUCUCGGCCAUCGUACGAUACAAGUAUGAACGUUUUAGGAAAGCGAUUAAGGCUCAUUUUGUGAGCAAUAUGAACAGCUAUGAACUACCCUGUAAAUAAUAAUAACUUGUAAAUAACUAAAUUGUAACUCAUGUGGUUGUAUUUUUAUAUAUUUUUAUCUUGUGGUUUUUCUCACAUAUAUUUGUAAGUUCAUUGUCCGCUUCAAUUGGAGCUCGCUUUGUUGGCCCACGAUUCAUCAUAGACUAUAUAUACAGUAUAUGUAAAUAUAUUUAAACCUAAAUAACACUAAAUUAAACUAAAUUAAGUCCAUGUACCUAUAUACUCAUUGGGGGAGGGGGGGAUGGGGUAAGAGCAACAAAGUAACUUGCUAUACAACAUUAUUCCAACAAGCACAUGCAUGCAUAUCAUGUUGCGUAUGUACUCACCUGAAAUGUUUCUAUCUGCUGUUGGAGUUCCUUUAUACAAUCUGUUGACUAGAUCUACAAGUCUGUCUGGACACAUUUUGCUUAAAAUAUGUGACAUUUAGCGCCUGUAUCUUCCAUAUAGUGACACGUAUAUUUCUUUGAUCAACCCGUUUAGAGCGGAGGUAUAACGCUUAAUUUUGGACAUGGAAUGCGGGAUUUUAUCGUCAAUGGCAAAGGUGUUGGUAUCUACGGACAGGUUUGUUGGGCUUUUAUUAUAUUAUUGUGUAUCUAUGGGAUCGGAUUGGUUUAAGUAAUUAAAUAUUAUCCACAAGCAUCCUCAUUUUCCCGCCCCAUGCUUUUUUACUCUACUCGUCUUGCUUAUCAUAUCGUAUUUCGUACUAUUUCCUUGAAUUUCCUACGUUCCUGAUAAAUUCAUUGAUAUGACGCAUAAUCUAACGUUGCAGAACUACACAGUUGCCUGCGGAGGAGGCUAAAUCUAAAUAUUGAUGAAUAUACUGUACCUGUCUGUUUAAAAAAAAAGAACAUCUGUAACUAUCAAAUAUGAUAAUUUACCAAGACCUUUCCAUGCAAGUAUACUUAAUAUUUUCAUGAUAUGAGUUAACAAACCCCAGAAGUUUCAAAUGUGAUUCCUUUCCAUGUAAACAAACGAAAAAUGUUGUCUAAAAACCUAAACCACACCUAAGACGUACUUAAGACUACUUUUCUCUAGCUGAUUUUAC